CCUUUAGAAAAUCUUACAAACCGGAACUUAGGGUUUUAGCGCAUUCCCUCUGGGGUUUAGAGAGAGAUAACCCUAAACUCUCCCUCUCUCUCUCUCUCUCGUUCUCCGAUCGCUACACUAACUCAAAUCAAUCUCAUUCCCGUUUCCUUUCCGAUCGUCCCCUCGCCAUUACUACACUUGAUUCUCUGCUAUUUACUUUUGUUGAUUCUACACAAUGGCGGGCCUUGCUCCUCCGACCGCCGCCACUGCUACGGCUGCGCCUUAUCCCCUACCCGUCCCACCGAAAAAGACAGAGGAUGAGAAGGUCGAUUACUUGAACCUCCCUUGUCCGAUCCCCUACGAGGAGAUUCACCGUGAAGCUUUCAUGUCCUUAAAGCCGGAACUAUUUGAAGGGAUGCGGUUUGAUUUUACUAAAGGACUCAAUCAAAAGUUUUCCCUCAGCCACAGUGUGUUUAUGGGACCAACUGAGAUUCCUAACCAAUCUGCCGAAACCAUCAAAAUACCUACUGCUACUUACGAGUUUGGUGCCAAUUUUAUAGAUCCGAAGUUGAUGCUUUUUGGGAGGAUACUCACCGAUGGUAGGCUGAAUGCAAGAGUGAAGUGUGAUUUAUCUGACAAUCUCACUUUAAAGGCCAAUGCACAGCUGACAAAUGAGCCACAUAUGUCACAUGGAAUGGUCAACUUCGAUUAUAAGGGCAGAGACUUCAGAACUCAAUUUCAAUUGGGCAAUGGUGCCUUAUUUGGAGCCAGUUACAUUCAGAGUGUAUCCCCUCACCUGUCGUUGGGUGGUGAAGUAUUUUGGGCUGGUCAGCAUAGAAAGUCUGGUAUUGGUUAUGCUGCAAGAUACAACACUGAUAAGAUGGUUGCCACUGGACAAGUUGCCAGCACAGGUAUGGUAGCCCUGAGCUACGUUCAAAAGGUGUCUGAGAAGGUUUCGUUGGCAACUGAUUUCACGUAUAAUUACAUGUCAAGAGAUGUAAUAUCCAGCCUUGGCUAUGACUACAUUCUUCGACAGUCUCGUCUUAGAGGGAAGAUUGAUUCCAAUGGUUGUGUAGCUGCUUUCCUUGAAGAGCGGCUAAAUAUGGGCGUUAAUUUCAUCCUUUCCGCAGAGAUUGAUCACAGGAAGAAAGAUUACAAAUUUGGAUUUGGUUUGACAGUAGGAGAGUAAGAUUGUGGAAGGACUGGGCCCGGCUGGUGGCUAAUCUUGUCCUCAUUGCUUUAGUAGAAACGUAGUGGAGUUCUUUCCUUCGCAUGAUUUUUGUUUCCGUUGAAUUCUCAGUUUCUUUAGUUAAUCAUUCAGCACAUUAUUUUGAGCAGAAUCUAACUGCUGUUGCAGUUUUUAGAGGCCAUAUCUCUGUCCCCAUUCCAAAAUUUUAUUUAUCAAUUAAUAAUUCUAUUUUUCA